AUGACAGAACUCUACACCACACCGGAGGCAGCAGCAGGGGAGGGGAGGUUGGGACUUUUCUCAGCUGCCACGCCUGGAAGGAUGAGGUCUGGGGUGCAUGAUUCAUCCGCGCUUCCCGAGACGAAGACGAUUGGCGCAUCGGUCUCAUCGUUUCAAGAGCCUCAUGGAGCUGCAUGUGGUGGCACGGACACAAGCCACGAACGCCCCCUGUGGAUUGACGAGGAGGAUGUUGCAUUUUUUUUCGCUGCCAUGACAUGGAACGUUGAACUCCUCGAGGUAUUACUAUCCAGGGCUGAAAAUCCGCUUCUCAGUGACGUUGCCUAUGGCGGUUCUUACGACUGUCAGCAGCAGCAACGGGCGACACGUGUGCCGGAGGAGGAAAAUGUGACCACACUUGCCAGAGCAGCGUUUCCCACGCUUGAAGAGGCUCUUUUGACGGCCUCCGCAGCAAUGAGAACGACGCCGAGAGGCAAAAGCCGCCUUCCUGGCGGUAAUCACAGCCGUCGGAGCAAGCGGCGAAGGAUUGGACGUGGUCGCACAACGCAGCUGACUAUUUACUCUACCUUUUUGUACGAAGCCCGGGUGGAGGUGGAUUAUGAGGACGAAGUGGAGGAUGAAAAAGAGGAAGUGGCGUGGGAGAGCAAAAAGUACAAUAAGAGUGGCAGAGGAAAGUUGCACUUCACCACACAGGCGCCAUACAAAUGUGGCGCAAUCGGAAUGAAGAAAGAAAAAUACGGUGCGUACUCGACAGAAGAAGAAGAGUUCUACCAGAGUGACGUGCCGCAGCGCUGUCUUGAAGCACACGAUAACUUUCUUGCCGCUGCCAUUUCCGAAACCACGGCCAACAAUGUCACCGUACCCGCUGGACCUGUUUUUCAGGGAACAAUAUUGCAGAGGGAGGAUGAGAAGGGGAAGGAGAAAACACAGCAGUCUCCCCCUUGUCCUCCGGUCACUAUACGUGACUUUUUUCGGUUAUUUUUUCAAAGCUUCCUUAUUGUUGUGGUUGCAAAGUUGCGGUAUCAAGAAGAGCCUGCUUCCAGUAACCGCCGACCGAAUCCACUUUCUCCAUUGGAAUUUCGUGCGCUUUGCUUUGUGCGUCGUUAUCGUGUAGUCUUUAAAGAAAUUUUGCGUCGACAUGUUAUGGGAAGCGAGAAGGAAGUGGAGCGGCGCGCAACACAGUCACUUCUUGUUGAUGCAUUCCAAUGUGACGAAGCGAGGGACGGGAACUGGGGGGCUGGGUGGAAACCGUCAUAUUCCCAGGUAUACAUUUCGGGGAGGGAACCGGUGUAUCAGCCUCUACUUCUUGACUUCCUAAACAUAACACGAGUGGUACAAUGUUAUGCGAAUCCGCCUCAGAGUGAUGUCAAUGAUUUCCGGGGCAUUGGGAAGAGCAAGGAUAUGGCUUUAAAUAAGCUAUAUUGCUGGCGUCGACUACUAUUGGAGGGGGCUGAUAUGAGCCAGGGCAAUGUGCAAAACGUGAAGAGGGCAGGUUCACUUUUUCUCUGCAGUGAAGAACAGGAAGUGGCCUACGAGCUCUUGAGGAAGUGUCUUUCACCUCUGGCCUGGGAACCGUAUAGAACCUUUGGUCCGUACAUGAUUUACACCGCGGAGCUUCCGUGCUCAAGUCGAUUGAUUGCUAAGCUGGUUAUUCCCGCCGAAGAUCAGGAAUCGUAUGAUCUUUCUCAACAUUUUCAGGAGGGUGUCUUUUGUUUUCUGCACGGCAUCCCAUUCUUUCCGUUCGACGCGGCACGUAGUGGACCUCAAAAUGAGCCGUCCCUCCUGUCCCGGUGCUGUUCCCUCGUGCAUUGCUCAGCUGGGAUGCACCGCUCCAGCGGUCUGGCAAUUGCGUAUUUACUAUGGCUUGUGGCAUUGUCAUGCGGUGAACUUCCGGUUGUGCGGAACUCCGUGGAUUUAUUGGUGGAGAAGAAUGAAGAGGGACAAGGGCGGCAGUAUCAAACCAUUGCUUCAUAUCUUUCUGUCUUUCUUGGGAAUCGGGGGAAGCGUCCAAACACUACCGAGACCAUGGCCGCAGAUGUGACGGCAACAUCGACAUCUUUACCAUUACCAGCAGCCGCAGGAGAUGUAUGGACGGAUGCAGAGGGAAGUCACGUGGAGAAACACGGGAAUGAGAUCGACUCUAUGGUAAACAACACCACAUCGAUUCUCGAGCUAUGUGUGGAGCACGUGCGCCGGCAGCGUUCCAUGGCAGUUCCCAUUUCCGCCGUGCGAGAACUUCUUCGACGUUAUGCAUGCUGUCUAAAUCUUCAGUGA